CAUUCACUUGUCAUAACAACGUAAAACACGACAUACAGGGUUAUACAGUCAUUAUGGUUAUUUUUGGGAUAGAGUAAACACCCAAAGUUAUUGAAAACAUGGAUUUAACUAUAGGCUGCUUUCAUGCCUUAUUUAUUUUGUUUGGACCAUUAGGAUACAUGACAACUGCAUUAUCAUCAAAUUCAACCGAUACACAAUAUGUUCAUCUUCUUGACAAAGUAAAAACACCAGUGAUGGCGGAAAUUGACCUGUCCAAACUUGGAGAACAACUUAAAUCAUUUAUGAAAAUUGAAAUUGAAAAGGUGAUUACAAAAAGGAUUGCAGUAGAGUCGUCAAAAAUUUACAAUAAGCUUGAAAAUAAUUUAAAUACAGCAAUCGAAAAUUUCACAACAUCUAUGGACGCUUACGCUGAUGGUGUCCUAAAUAAUACAUCGAUCAAAAUGCGACGGAAUAUUGAACGAAAACUUAAUCAAACUUUCGCAAGGCGAGUGCGUCGCUUCCGGACCAUCAUGCAAUCUGAUAUCCGAUCUAACUUACAAAAUGUAAAGAGAGAAAUAUAUUCUGUUCUGUCGGAGAGUUAUAACAGUAGCAAUAGUUAUAAACCAGAGAAGAGAAAAAUCAGGGAAUUGUCCGGAAAGUUCAAAGACCUGUCAAAACAUCUCAAAGAUUCAGCUUAUAAUAGAAAUGGCGACAAAAAGAAAGCCAAUACUACAGGACCUUCAACAGAAAGCUAUUCAAAUGAUCACAAAGGAAGGUUAUUCUUCACAAUGUUCCCAAUACAACAAGACAACUCGGAGGAUUUUAUUGUACAGUUUAUUAUCACAGCCGAAAAAAAGACGAAGGUUGAGAUUCUUUCGGAAUACGCAGGAAUUAAUAAAACGAUAGUCAUUACAAAAGGAGUUGCAUACGUAAAAGUUCCCAACUUAGUAUUAACUAUUGGCACGGGUAGAACAUUUACAACCGUUCUCAUACGGGCUAAUCACCUUAUUUCCGUUGUUGGAUUCGUACUUGAUUCAUCUUAUUGUUACUCUCAUUGUAAAUCUUCAAGUUUUAUUGCAUUGCCUUACUCCGAAUUAGGAACGGACUACUCAAUUAUCACAAGACCAAACAACGAGCAAAACUGCGCCAUAUUGGCUACAACCGCAAACACUACAAUUACCGUAGAGCCUGCUUCAUUCAUUGGUCUAACGAUUAAAGGUGCACUUAUCAAACCUGGUCAAAAAUUUAAAAUAGUUCUAAAUUAUUAAGAAGGUUUUCAUAUUCAGACUCUAAGAAGUCUGUCUGCAACAAAAAUAUAUUCAAACGAACCAAUAGUCGCAAUAUCAGGAAACAAAUAUACUUCUACGAAAUCUCA